AUGUCCGGCCCGCCCAGCAUUCGCCAUGCGACGACUCACGACGUCCCGACCAUCCUCGACUUCAUCCGCGCCGGGGCCGCGGCCACCAGCUCGCUGGACCACGUCGAAGCCACCGAGACCAGCCUGCGCGCGACGCUGAACUUCGCCGACUCGCCCGCGGGCCACCCGGGCGUUGCCAGAACGCUGCUGCUGGAGGCGCCCGAGGGCGUGGUGGCGGGCAUGGCGAUCUACUAUUACAACUACUCGACGUGGCGCGCGAAGCCGGGCGUGAUCUUGGAGGAGCUCUUCGUGCGGCCCGAGUUCAGACGGCGCGGGUAUGCGCGCCGACUCAUCGCCGAGCUGGCGGGCGAGGUGCGGCGCAUUGGCGGCGUGCGCGUGGAGUGGGUGUGCCUGCGCGACAACGCGGCGGCGCUGCAACUGUACGAGAGCCUGGGCGCCACUCGCAUGGAGGACUGGGUGACCUUGCGGGUGUCGGGCGAGGCACUAGACCGGCUGGCGGAAGUAUGA